UCUUUUGUUUUGGCUUUUCUGUUUUUUCUUUUGUUUUGGCCUUUCUGCUUUUUUUGUUUGGCUUUUGUCCCCCUCGAUGGCUGCUCUCUCCCUCUCCUCCUCUCUCCUCUCUGCUGGCCCUCUCUCGCCAUCGCCCCACCUCGACAACAGUGGUGCUAACUUAGGCAAACACGCACAUGCACUACGUCUCUGCUACGCCUCUUCCUCUUCUCCCAUCCCGCACGUCAGUGGCAUGGGUGGGCGUCAGGUGCGGCCAGCCCGGGCGGCGCCGCGAAGUGAGUAGCGCCCCUCUUGUAUCCCCUCCGUGUCCUUGAUCUCACUCCGCAGCCGCGACCUCUUGUCGCUGGGGCCCUCCUGCUGGUGUGGGUGGUCGCCGUGGGGGUCAGCGUCGCCCCUCUUGCCUUCCUGGCUGCCGCCGGCGCCCAUGCCCGCCUUGCCCGCUCCCGCCGCUGCCUUGGCCUUGGCUUUGGCCCUCGCGCGCUUCUGGCACCGCUCGUCGCUGUCCGUGUGGGCGAGGUUUGGGGACGAUGGCGUGAGGGGAGGGGGUGGUCGUCAUCGUCCACAGCCAUGGCGUUGUCGAAGCGGUUCAGCUGGUGCGCCGGACGCUUGGCGACCUCCAUCGCCUGGUUGGCCUCCCGCGACGCCGUCUCGAAGAUGACGAUGGCACCCUGAACGAAUCAGUCACGGACAUCACCAACAAAGAUGGUGGGGAAAACAUGAACACAUGGAUGUGUGCGCGCGUUGAGUGUCUCUGUUGUCCUUACCGAGAGGUAGUGGUCGAGUCCGUGGACGUAGGCCUCUCCCGCUGCUGUGAUGCGGGCAGCCAACUCGUGGCUGUUGAUGAGGCGGUGGCGGCUGCGGCUGCGAAUCGAGUUGACAUCGGCCCAGUAGCCCCGCUCCAACGGCACUGCGGGCACCCAGUGGGGGAAGGAGUGGUCGUCGCAGCUCCACUCAUCGUGUACACACUCGCAUGCGGACCUUGUGUGUCAAUCGGGGGCUCAGAGGGCCACUACCGUACAGGAUCGACAGAGAGGGGAGUAAGACAUAUAGAUCAGGGUUCCUGAGAGACACAACAGACACACAAAGGCCACAUAAACAAGGCUCUUCCUUCUGUCUGUUUGCUGGUUGCUCACCAGGUGUGUCGGUCGGGCGGUCAGAUGAACGCAUUAUGUAUUUGGACGACUCGGCGAGGGCAACUGAAUGGAUGGCAGACGGCAGACACAUGAUGCACUCUCGUCUCUCUGUGUAUCGUGCGUGUCAUCAAGUGCGAUGCCCACCUGAUGCGUCGACAGCACGAGACGGUGACACACUCAU